AUGGCUACCCAGACCGAGAAGGAUACUCACUUUCCUUCGGAAAAAAACGACUUUGACCUCAACGAGAAGGGCAUUCAGGCCGACGGCGACGUCGACCUCAAGGAGGAGCAGGAGAACUCGCCCAUCGAGGCCGUUGCUGCUUCCGUCCCAAUCACCGAUGAUCCCACUCUCCCCGUCAUCACCUUCCGCUUCUGGAUCCUUUCCUUCAUCUUCACUGCCUUGGGUGCUGUUAUCCAGCAGUACUAUUUCUUCCGUACCGUCUCUGGAAACUACUCCAUCUUCUUCGUCAACUUGGUCACCUUCUCUCUCGGAAAGGGCAUGGCCCGUAUUCUCCCAAGCAACAAGCUCACCAUCGGCAGCUACUCUAUGUCCCUCAACCCUGGUCCUUUCAACAUCAAGGAGCAUGCCAUGAUCGGUAUUGCUGUCUCGUCCGGUGCCGGUGCCGCCUACGCCAUCGAUAUCUUGUCCGCGACUGACAUCUUCCUCGACUACCGCAUCAACGCCUUUGGUUCGUUGGUCAUGAUCAUCACCACCCAGUGCGUUGGUUACGGUAUGGCCGGUAUGCUCCGCAAGUACCUCGUCUACCCCGCUGAGAUGGUCUGGUGGUCCAACUUGGUCCAAGUCGUCUUCUACAACACCAUGCACAAUACUGAUGACUUCAAGCGUAUCCGCCUCGUCCGCGGCUGGACCCGCAUGAAGUUCUUCUGGAUCGUCGCCGGUUGCUGCUUCCUCUACCAGCUCUUGCCCCAGUGGGUUGCCCCCAUCCUGGUUUAUUUCGAUUGGGUGUGCUGGAUUCGUCCCUUUGACAUGAACUUCUGGGCUCUGUUCGGCUCCACCUCCGGUUCCGCUGGUAUUUUGUCCCUUUCCUUCGAUUGGUCUUCCAUUGGUGGUUCUACCAUGUACUUGCCUCUCGCUGCCCAGCUCUCCUCGCUCGGUGGCAUUAUCCUCAACUACUGGAUCAUUGUUCCCAUCAUGUGGAUGAACAACAUCUUGGGCACCAAGACCAUGGGCCGCCCUCUGUCGUCCAAGCUGUUCUACGAGGACGGAAGGGUCUUCAAGAUCAACGGUGUCUUGAAGGACGACUACUCGGUCGACUGGGACAAGUACCACGCUGGCCAGGAGGCCAACAUGGCGCCUUUGUACGCUCUUGGAUUCAUGACUUCCUUCAUUGCUUUGGCCGCAUGCUGCUCCCAUGUCGCCUUCUUCCACGGUGCUGAACUCUGGGCCAGCUGGAAGCGCGUUGUCGGUGCCGAAGAUGAGGAUAUCCACACCAAGAUGAUGAAGGUCUACCCCGAAGUUCCCCAGUACUGGUACGCUAUCUUCUACAUCGUCAUGGCCGGUCUUGCCUGCGCUGUCUGCGAGCUCUACAACACCCAGCUUCCUUGGUGGGCUCUUAUCCUCGCGCUGUUUGUCGGUUGGGUCUUGACUCUCCCCAUCGGUGUGAUGAACGCCGUUACUGGUUACGGUCCCGGUCUUAACGUCAUCACAGAGUUGAUCUGCGGUUACAUCCUCCCUGGCAAGCCCAUCGCCAACAUGACCUUCAAGUGUUACGGUUACAUGGCCAUGUACCAGUGCAACUUCCUCCUUUCGGAUCUCAAGCUCGGUCACUACAUGAAGAUCCCCCCGCGCGCCAUGUUUGUCGGUCAGCUCUGGGGAACUCUCAUCGGCUCCAUCUUCAACUACCUCACCAUGAUCCUCAUCAUCAACUCCCACCGUGAGUACCUCAAGGGUGACCCCAAGACUGCCGAUCCCAACGGUCUCUGGACCGGUAACCGUGUCCAGAUCUUCUGGGGCUCCGGUUUGAUCUACGGUGCUCUCGGCCCCGCCAAGAUGUUCGCUCUCGAUGGCAAGUACUGGUUCGUCUACAUCGGUUUCUUGAUCGGCUUCAUCGCCCCCGCCAUCCAGUGGGUCCUCUCCAAGAAGUUCCCCCAGUUUGGCUGGUCCAAGAUCAACGUUGCCAUUAUCGCCGGAGGCAUGGGCGCCUUCCCCAACGGUUACGCCGUCGGUGUCGUCUCUUCCUUGGUCUGCGCCCUCGUCUUCCAGGGCUACCUCCGCCGCUGCCACAAGAACUGGUGGUCAAAGUACGUCUUCAUCCUCUCCGCUGCCCUCGACACCGGCGCAGCCUUUACGGGCCUCCUAAUCUUCCUCUUCUUGGGAGGCGGUCUCGACCCCAAGAUCGCAGUCAACGUUCCUAGCUGGUGGGGCAACUACAGAACCAGCAACGAGACCUUGGCCGACGAAUUUGGUUCCAACUACCCUUACAUUGAUGUCAACCGCUGCGGUGCUGCUGACCCUGGUAUGUGGGAGGAGGGUUCUCUUCUCAAGCUCUAG